AUGGAUCAUGGCGGCAGCAGUGGUAACACCAAUAGUCGCCUGGGCUUGGAUCUCAUCGUGGAGACACCCGAAUAUGCUCAGAAACUGGCAGCCGCCCUCCACACUGACAACGCUCAGGUGAAAAAGCAGGUGCUGGAGCUCCUUGCAGCUCUAUGCGUACAUGGUGAAGAAGGCAGGGCGAGGGUGCAGGACACACUCGAACAUCUUAGGAAAUUGAAAAAUGAGAGGUAUAGACUGUCGGUGAUAGUGAAGGAGUUGGACCGAGCAACAUCGGUUGACUACCAGACAUCUUUAGUGGCAUUCAUAAACUGCUUCAUCAUAUCCACUCAAAGGCUGAAUGACAGGAUCCGCUUAAGGAACGAAUUUAUAGGAUGUCACCUACUUCCGGUGCUGAAUAAUCUCAGGAAAUGUGCCGAGGCUGAACCAGAGCUGGCAGUCCAGCUGGACGUCUUCGACGAGCAAAGGGAAAGCGAUGAUGCCCAAAGCCUCCAAGGACCUCAUGGGGUUGACCUAAAUUCACCGUUGGAUCUCUUCUACGCCAUUUUGAAACAGGUAGCCGAGACACCUCAGGAACUUCCGUUCCUGCUAAUCCUACAGCACCUGGUCCGGAUAGAUCCAUCUCAUCCUCUAAGCGACUUGGUUUGGGACGCUGCCGAGAGACUGAUCCACAGAGCCACGUUGAUCGAAAACAGAGAAGAUGUCCAACGGUUACUCAGGACGCCGAGUGUCCAGUCGAGAGUGGGGCAGUGCACUUGUGGACAAAGGAGAUUGUCUAUGCCCAUGAGUCCACCGCCACCACCUCAAGGGGGUCCUCCACCACCACCACCGUCAUUUGGUUCAGGUCAUAGUCCAGCUCCAGCACCACCUCCCCCUCCUCCGACCGUACCUCCUCCUCCGCCCCCUCACAACCCCCCGUCUGCUCCCAUUCCUCCCGUUCCCCCACCACACCGUUUCCAGGACCCUCCAACCUCCUUUCAAACUCAAACCAGUACAGUGAUUGCCGAGAAGCUCCCGCAACAGGAGAUACCUGCACCUAAGACUAAAAUGAAAACAAUCAACUGGAAUAAGAUUCCUAAUAAUAAGGUUGUCGGCAAGAAGAAUAUCUGGACACAAGUGGCCAACACGCAUCAAAAUUCACCAAUGGCAGAUAUGGAUUGGUCAGAAAUGGAAGGACUGUUCUGUCAACAGGCACCACCAUCUGCGCACUCAUCACCAAAGCUAGGAAACAGAGAUUCGUCUGACAACCACGAUAGAAGGUUGAAGAGGGAUACAGCUGAGAUUACACUUUUGGACGGCAAAAGGAGUCUCAAUGUAAAUAUAUUUCUUAAGCAAUUUCGAUGCUCGAACGGGGAUAUAAUUAAACUUAUAAGUAAUGGCGAACACGACGAAAUAGGCACUGAAAAACUCAAAGGCUUGCUCAAACUGUUACCAGAAGUAGAUGAAUUGGAUAUGUUGAAAUCUUUUAACGGAGAUUUCAAUAAAUUAGGAAAUGCUGAGAAAUUUUUGAUACAGCUAACAAAUCUACCAAAUUACAAAUUACGAAUUGAAGGCAUGCUACUUAAAGAGGAAUUUGCUUCAAAUAUGGGCUAUCUUGAACCAAGUAUCACCUCAAUGAUAGUAGCAGCUCAAGACCUGAUGACAAAUAAGCCACUACAAGAGGUCCUGUAUAUGAUUUUAAUAGCUGGAAACUUUUUAAAUGCAGGAGGUUAUGCUGGAAAUGCUGCUGGGGUCAAACUUUCGUCCCUGCAAAAAAUCACAGAAAUUAGGGCAAAUAAGCCAAAUAUGAAUCUCAUACACUUUGUAGCAUUGCAAGCUGAAAAAAAGAAUAGAAAUCUUCUUUCAUUUACUGACAAUAUUGGCAUACUUGAAGAUGCUGCGAAACUCACCGUUGAACAGCUCCACAAUGAAAUUAAUGCAUUGGAUUUGCGGAUCAAGAAAAUAAAGAAGCAAAUAGAGCUUCCAACGACUGAGGUGGAGAUCAAAGCUCAAAUGACCGAUUUUCUGCAGAUGGCUGAAAGGGAGGUAGCUAACCUUCAGGUCAACUUGCGACAAUUGGAACACGUACGUAGAGAGCUGAGUGACUUUUUCUGUGAGGAUAUCAAUUCAUUCAAGUUAGAAGAAUGCUUCAGGAUAUUCCACGGAUUUUAUACCAAAUUUAAACAGGCUGUGUGUGAAAAUGAGAGGAGACGGAUACAAGAAGAACAAGCUAACGAAAGAAGAAGACAACGAGAGGAACUACUCGCAACGAAAAGGAGACAAAUGGAAUGUAUGGCCGGUACACCAGAUUCAGACUUCAGUAUCGACCUGCAGAUCUACGAUACGAGAGGAUUCCCAAUGAAAAAGGGAAGGAGGUCUGCAAACGGGAGCGGCAUGUCUGAGGAUGAAACCUCCAUCACGGGAUCUCCUUCGUUCUCCAGAAGACGACUUGGAUCCUUCAACAAUGGAAAUGGGACUGAAACUAAUACUAGUAGUAGAGAAGAAAAAUCUCCAGAUAUAACUCCCAACGGUAGUCUCAGACGAAGACGUAGCAGGGUCCUUUCUGAAGAUGAUGAAGGAAAUCUAAUGGAGUUUUUGAGAGCGUCAGGUAACGAUAGCAACAGAGAGAGGAAAUCAUGGGGAAGUUUGGAUCGGUCAUGGGCGCGAAAGGCUCGCGGUAGUGGACCCAGAAAACGACCGGCACUGUUAGCAGCAGAUUUUUCAAGCGAAAGAGAGCGACCUUCCUCACCAUCCCCUCUGUCAGAGACCAAGCCAGCGAUUGCUUCAGCUCCUGAAGAGGAAUCAGCAUCUGGUACUACGAGCGCUGUGUCAAAGCCACGAGAAUGGAGGCAGAAGAUCGAAUCGUGGCUGCAAGCGAGUGAGAACGAUGCGCAAGAUGAACAAAGGAGAAGAAGGAAUAGAAGAUCAGCGGAAAUGGAUUCAGAAAGCGAAAGAAGCAGUACUCUGGACACACUACCGGAAGGUAAACAGGUCUACAGUGGAAGCCAGUCGAACUAUAGAAAAAUAUAUCCGGCAUGGCAGCCGUCAAGUACCAUCGAAAGCACGGAUGUUGUGGGUGCUAUGGAAGCUAUAGAACAGGUACAACCCAUAAAAGACAAAUCUGCAUGGCGCAAAUCGACAUUAAACGUAUCAAACAGCUCAGAGGAAGCACCACAUAUCGACAACCCGAGAUCACGGACCAGAACGGAUCUGUCCGGCUUACAUUCCAUCGAUGAAGAUAUCACUGCAGACAGAAAGUCUCUCAUUGGCUCUCUAGGUGAAAGAAUGCCCACUGAUAAGCUUACGUUGUACAUCAGAAGGCCUGCUGAACCAGUGGAGAGGAAGAGCUUAACUCGAAGGCAGACCAGUGUGGACAGUGUCAGUAGUAACAAGGUGGAAAUUGACCAAGACAACAUCGAAACGCCACCAGCAGUGAGAAAGGUAUUCAUUCCAACACCCGUGGAUAAGCGAGAACCUCUAGCGCCUAGUCCUUGCAGCAGAAAGGCUUUCAGAAAUAGGGACUCGCCUCGGGACUCACCCACUCCUCUCAGUCCAGAACCAGAAGAUGGAUCUGUAUUGGGUGAUGGGCAGUUUGAUCGAUACUCAUCCACAAGACGUACUAGGCGUUACAAGCGUCCAACUGAGCCCAAUGAAGUUCAUCAGUCUGAGCCAGUGAUAGCUGAGAAGCAAGUCAUCAAAUCGCCAACUCAAGUGCAAGCUUCAGAAUCUGUUGCUAUGGAAACAGAAGUAGACAGGGAAACGAGAUUAAAGACGUGGCAGGAGAAACUCAAAUCCCAACAGGAACCCGAAAUAAGGACUAGCAGGAGGCACAGGCACCAAACCGGUAUUAACCAAUCAGAUGUCGAGAUGGCGUUAUCGCUGAGCAAGAUGAAUGAUAAUGAAGUGUCUAGGAACUUUAUUGCGCCAGAACCCAUAAAGGCGACUUCAAACAAAAUAGACAUCCCAUCUCGCAAAAUAAGAGAACAUGACAACGACGAAGGUUUCGAAGAAACCCAGAGCCUCAUGUCCGAAUCACCAAGUCAAGGUGCAUCAUCCGGUGGAAAUUACGAGGCCGACAUCAUGGAUGCCGCUAAGAUUGUCCUUGUUGACUAUACCAAAUCCAAGCCUCAACGACCUCUAUCUCAGGAGAGCAAGGAAACUAUCGAUUCCACUACUACAACAAGCAGCGAAACUCCAGUUUGCUCUGUCAAGAAAUCUCAACCUACUUCCAGAAGUGCAAGACUUCAGUCUCUCUCCAUGCCAAAGCCGUCAAAGGUCGUAGAGAAAUCUCCAAGCCUUCGAAAGACAAGCCUUGAUAGCUCUACGAGGAAAAGUGUGAUCCCUAGACGUUCAGACAGUAUCAAGAAGUCAGAGUCUAAGACCAAUGCAACUCCUCGAUCUUCCACUAUACAGAAAUCAAACUCCAGGAACUCUAUAGUAAGUUCGAGGAGUUCCCUGAAUAGUGCUACAUCGACUAGUACUGUGAAGAAGCUGCCUUUGAGGCCCAAUACCAGUAGUAACAUGGGAAAACCAAUGCAAAGGACCGCAAGCAACAAAGCAGUAGCGAAACCGGAGUUGAAAAGAGUGGGGUCAAUAGGAGGUAGCGGAAAUAAGCCCCCAAGGCCUCAAGCGAUGAGUUUUAUGAAACCAACUACUUCCAGCACGACGAAGAGUCAUCAGCUUGUAGGAAAUAAUAGAGCGUCGUUCAGAUCGAAAAAUUAAGCAAGAUGUUACUGAACAAGCUGUCUGGUGUGUAAUCUAAAGUCCUAGUCGAGAAACAAGCGGAAAUAUCAUCUAGUGUUUUAUCAAAAAUUCUAUACCAGGUGUUUCAAAUGCGACCUUCAGUAAUGGCCAGAGAUACGAAGUUGAAUUCGGACAUGUCGCGCAUUUGCGUAAGUUUCGCAAUUCAGACUAGACAGAAAACAGAGAACUUCCCCAAAAUUGGUUUGUUUUUUCUAACCCUAUUUUACGUACGAGUUCAAAAUAAAUUUCACAUUAACAUUGCAGCUUCUUCUCCUCUACAAGGUAGUAUGACGUUUCCGUUCUCUUCCAUCUUCAUCUUUAUAUUUUUUAUAGACCUAUUAGAUCUUUGCACAUAUUAGUAAAGCUUUUAUUUUUAGCACGACGAAUCUCAUGGUUAAGAUCAAUUACAGAACGUUUACUCUUUUUAGACAUAUGCAGUUUUAUAAUAUUGAUCCGUAUCUAUCAUCUUUUAUUUAUCAAUAAAAUUGGAAAUAGGAAACUGCUUACCGAUGCCCAGUUCAUUAGAACUGAAUGAAUGCUUGACUUAUGACACUAUAAAACAAUGCAACAUCUAAAAUUUACCCAGUGGUUUACAUGUCGAUAAGCCUGGAAGAUUAUAAAACAAAUCAGUUUAUAGUUGUGUAUGACAAUAGUAUUGCAAAAUGUCGAAUUAGACUUGAAAACGGUAUCCACAUAUGCGAUAUUCCAAUAUAGCAUCCAUAAAAUUGAUGACGAGGACAUGACACGAAACGUCAUAUUGAAUUUAUAAUUAUAGCACAUUGUAGAGGACAAAAAGAGAUAGUAUUACUGUAAGAUUAAUUUUGAAAUCCCAUCUCAAAUGAAGCCAAGAAAAAUUGAAAACGAUUUUAGAGUAAUUCGGGCUUUUCUUGUAUAGUAUAUCCAGAAAUACUAUGAAUACCGAACCCAGUCACUGUCUUUAGUUCUAUAAAUGCGCAACAUUGGCCCCUUCCUCAUCUCUCAUAACCAUAAGAAGUCACAAAGGCGAGAACUGAAUUUGAGACACCCGGUACAGUAAUUCCUUGAUGUGGUCAAAGCUAUAUGUACGUUAUUAUACGAGCUAUCGAGCUAAGAAGUUAUUAAAUAUUUCUCUCUAAAAAGACUCCUAAGAAUCCGUAUACCGUUGUAACAGCGGAUACGUGGUUAACGCUAUCGUAACUAUAUCCCGAUACAGAUUUGAUGCAACUAGUGGUCCAUUUGCGAACUACCAAAUUUUCCAUUCAAACAGUAAAUUGAAAAUACCUAUAUUAUCAGGAUAUUUUAAAUAAUCGCUUUUUAAUUGUCAGGAAUAUUCGUAUUGUGCAGAUUCACAUUAAAAUCUCAAUUUCUUAAGCAACUCGAUAGCGUUUUGUAAAAUGUCUUUGACACUUCCAUUUAUUUCCUGAUAUGAAAUUUGGUAUGUUUGCAUUUGGCUCGUUUUUCAUGUCUAAUUUUAAUAAUUAAUAGAUUCUUUUCGUUUGACGAUUAGUAUUUUUUGACGCUAUGCUGUGGUCACCAUUAUUGGCUGUACUCAAAAUGUGUGUGUAAUGUGCCUUCCAAAUUCCGGAAAUACAUAGAAAUAGUCAGUGCCAUUCCAAAUAUGAGGGGUAACCUUAGAGGAGGCCGUGCAAUUUAAAAUAUUCUAACCGGAUCAAGAAUAUUCUAGAAUCUCCGACAAUAUUAUAAAGUUAUAAAUUAACUAGUCAAGAAAGUGCUUGUUUAUUUUUCUAGUACUUAAGUCAGUAAUUAUAUUUUUAUAAGGAUACAUGUCGUAAUGACCUCUAAAUGCAUAACUCAAAAACACUUUAAUAAGUUAACUGCUAAGCAUUACAGUUUUAUUUAUUAUGUAGAACCUAAGUCGGAUAUGCCUGAACAAUAUCUUUUUUAAUCUAUACAGUAUUAAAAGUAAAUUUUCACCAUUUUCAGCACAAAAGUUGCAGUUAUUGAUACCUUUUUGUGUUAAAGACAUACCAAAUCGUUGCAACCGUGCGUUAUAAAAAUGCGAUAUUUUAAUAUCUUAUUACUAAUGUUUACGUGUCGUAUUUAUUGUUACCAAACCUUUAACAUAAAUAAAAUGUUCUCAGUAAAUUGGAA